AUGUCAACGUACAAAUUGAAAAAUUUUGAUGCUAGAAGCUCAAAGGCACAAUCGAAUUCUAGCGAAUUUGAUUUAUUUAAUUUGCCAUUUUUCCUGAAAAGAAAUGAUACCAUUGAUGAUUUUGAAUUCUUUUCUAACCUAAGUAAUAUUCUUUUUCCUCAGCCUGCAACUUCAUUGACAAACGCAUCAUCAACUUUACCAGCACAAUAUAUGCCAACAAUUGGCCCACCUCAAUCUCAACAGAAUCAGACUAUUUAUCAAAAAGCGGAUGUUUUUGAUGACUUUUUGAAUUUAGAAUCUAUUCAAAAUUCUAAUUACAAUUUCGAGAGCAAUAAGGUAGCAUUUUCGACUAAUAAAAUUAAGAAAUUCAUGAGUAAAGUACCAGAACCGAUCCAUAAAGUAACCAAAAAUCCAAAUCAAAAAUUGAAACAACAUGAUACUGUUAGUACUGAUGAACUACCAAGGACGAGGGGACGUAAACCAUCUUUGGUUGAUGAUGGAACCAAAAAAUUUGCAUGUCAAUACUGUCAUCGUCGUUUUAGAAGGCAAGAACAUAUGAAACGCCAUAUCAGAUCCUUACACAUUGCAGAAAAACCUUACAGUUGUCAAAUAUGUAGUAAGGCCUUUAGCAGAAAUGAUAACUUAAAACAACAUAGGAAAACGCAUAAAAUGCCAUAA